AUGAGUAUUCCUCCUUCUGCUUCUUGGACUAUUAGGAAGAUUUUUAAGCUUCGCAGUUUGGUUCAACCUUGGAUAAAAUCUGUAGUUGGUAAUGGGCUUGAUACUUUUCUUUGGUUAGACAAUUGGCACCCUCUCGGACCUCUCUUUUCUAGAUUUGGGGAGAGGGUCGUUUAUAACUUGGGGAGAUCUUUGUUUUCUAAAGUGGCCUCUAUUAUCAGUAAUGAUUCCUGGUGUUGGCCCAGAAGUCGGAAUGCUGUCACAAAAGAAAUCAUUGAGCACACUCCUACUACCUUGGUCCCUAAUUCUGGUCAAUCUGAUUUUGUGGUUUGGCUACUGAAUGCUCACGGGUUUACUAUCAAAUCUGCUUGGGAUAGUAUUAGAGAGGUUAAAAUAGAUGUUACUUGGUGGAAAGUGGUCUGGUUUAAGCCUCAUAUUCCUCAUUGGGCAAUUAUUCAGUGGCUGGCUAUUCAUGGUAGGCUUGCUACGAAGGAUAGAUUGCAGAAUUGGGGUACGGUGCCCAAUACUUCGUGUGUUCUCUGUAAUGCAUCUCUUGAAAGCCAUUUACAUCUCUUUUUCAUGUGUCCUUAUUCUUCCUAUAUUGUGGGGCAGCUUUUGAGAAUCUGUGGCUAUAGGAGGGGCUUGAUUAGUUUGGAUCAAGAGAUUGGUUGGGCUAGUCAACAUAUGACUGGCAAUGGUUUGUAG